UGUUUUCCCCCUUCCCAUGUGAUGUGAACAAUCUCACUCUCUUUCUCUAUCUCUCUUUUUUUGUGUUCUUGCAAACUACAGUAUUAUUUAACAAACCAGUCCAAGCCACCUCUUUUCCCACAACCAAUCUCGCUCUCACCAGUAAAAAAAAAUAAAAAAACAGAGAAUCUCAGAUCAAAGAGAAUGGGUUUCACUUCCCGAGGAAACCCUUCUUUUUUCUUCUUCUUCUUCUUCCUCUGUCUCUCCACCGUCUCUGCUUACAUCAACAACAACACAAGCAGCAACAAUGGAGAAGAAGUAGUAAGAAGAGAGCUAGCUUCUGGGAGAUGCAAUUGGUUCAGAGGGAACUGGGUUUAUGAUGUGAAGUACCCACUUUAUGAUCCUUACAAGUGCCCAUUCAUAGAUCCUCAGUUCAACUGUAAGAAGUAUGGUCGUCCUGACAAUGCUUAUCUUAAGUAUCGAUGGCAACCAUCUUCUUGCUCUCUCCCCAGAUUCAAUGGGUUGUAUUUCUUGAGGAGGAUGAGAGGGAAGAAGAUAAUGUUCGUUGGAGAUUCACUGAGCACAAACAUGUGGCAGUCUCUUUCUUGUCUGAUUCAUGCUUGGGUUCCUAACACUCGUUACACUCUUCUUCGCCAAAAGGGUCUCGCUUCACUUACCUUCGAGGAAUACGGAGUGACGUUGAUGCUUUACAGAACACAGUUCUUAGUAGAUCUGAAUGUGGAAAAAGUUGGGAGAGUGCUUAAGCUAAAUUCCAUUAAGCAAGGCAACAUGUGGAGAGGCAUGGACGUUUUGAUUUUUAACUCGUGGCAUUGGUGGACUCACACCGAGCACAUCCAGCCGUGGGACUACAUGGAAGAUGGAAAUAGAUUGUACAAAGACAUGAACCGGCUCAUUGCUUUUUACAAAGGAAUGACCACUUGGGCUCGAUGGGUUAAUGCUUACGUCGAUCCUUCUAAGACCAAAGUCUUCUUCAACGGCGUGUCGCCGACUCAUUACGAGGGAAAGGAUUGGGGAGAGCCAAUGAACUCAUGUAGGAGUCAGACGCAGCCAUUCUACGGAAGGAGGUAUCCAGGAGGGACACCAAUGGCUUGGGUGGUACUAAACAAAGUGAUGAGAAGAUUGAGGAAACCGGUCCAUUGGCUCGACAUAACGGGUCUCUCUCAGCUUCGUAAAGAUGCUCAUCCUUCAGCUUUCAGUGGGAACCAUCCUGGUAAUGACUGUAGCCAUUGGUGUCUUCCUGGCUUGCCUGAUACUUGGAACGUGCUCUUUUACUCUACUCUUUUCUCUUCCUAAAUAAUUCUUGUUUUUUUCUUUCUGAUCAAUGUAUUAAGUUAACUUUAAAAACAACAAUCAAUUAUUUUUAGUUUAUCUUUUCAUUGUGGUCUCC